AAUAAUGCGGAUAGUCAGUCGACGGUUAGAUGAGUGCGAGGAAGUACGUCCUCAGGUGGCUAUUCGCCCCCGGGGGUUGAAUCGUCGGUGAAAGCUAUUUCAUUUUAUUUAUUAUUUAUCGAGGUUUUUAUGUGUGUGGAGAGGUUGACAUGGUGCCAGUGCUUUUCAACUAUUUGGAGUCUGUGUUGGAGUGUUGACAAUUACUAGGGCUUUUUUAUUAUUGCAUCGAGAAGCUCAAGAACGGGUGGAAAAAUGUCGGGAAUACCUGUCCUACUCAUCACUGCCAAUGUUGGCAGCAUCUUCGAGGAGCCUGAAACAAUGCUAAAAAUAUGGACAGAGGAAUUUUUGUCGACUGUUUCGAGACUGGAUCCGAAGUUUAUAGCACUGCACUGCCAAGAAGUAGGUGGUAAAAAUUACGAACAAAGCAUGAGGCACGUCGAAGACUUUGUUAGGCUACUUAUGUCUUCGGAGGAAUUGCGACUCUUCGAUAAAGUCAGGGUAUAUCUGGAUGAAGAUUUCUCAUCAGCCGAACAUUUCACAGCCCUUGGAAAUUUUUAUUUCAUACACGAGUCUUUAAAAGACGUUUUGUUAUGGGAUUUCAAAGAGUGCACAUUUAUCCCAGUGGGUGGAAAAGAGGUUCAUUCUGGAAAUAUCGAGUCAGUAACGACCAAAGAGAAGGCAAAAUUCCCGCAGGAUUUUUUUCCCGAAUGCAAAUGGUCCAGAAAAGGAUUUCUACGUACACGAUGGAGUGUCAGCGGAACAGUAUUUGAUCUCAUUAACAUACACUUGUUUCACGAUGCUAGUAAUUUUAUUGCAAUGGAGACUUUUCCGUCAGUAUAUAGCAAAACAAGAAGGAGGGCACUUGAGCACACCCUCGAACGAUUUCAUAAUGAUCACUAUGAAAAUGCACCGUAUUUUCUAUUCGGUGAUUUUAAUUUUCGUACUGAUACUGCUGGUGUCAUAAAGAAACUUACCGAAGAUACUCACGAAAGCAAGCUGUCGAGUAAGGGUAAUAUUUCUAGAUUACAGUUUCGCAACAAUGAAGAGAAUCUGAUCCUAACACUAGGCAAGAAAGAAUUCUCCCAUUGUGAACAUCGACACGUAUUCGCGGAGAACAGUGGUCGAUGGUUACGGGAGUAUGAUCGGGAGCUGGAUGACUUCGAGGGUAGGCUCUUUGAAUUUCCAAUCGAGUUUGUCCCAAGUUAUCCAUUUGAAGAGGACGUCAAACAGGGGAGUAAUUAUAUGCAGACAAGAGUACCUGCUUGGUGUGAUAGAAUACUCUUGAGUCCCGCUGCUAAAACACUAGUCCAGAAUAUAUCAUCCUCUGAUAGUGCGGAAUAUGGUAUCAUCGGGGCAACCACUUGUAUGGGCGAUCACAAGCCAGUCUACCUCCGUGCAAUAUUGUCCAUGGAUGCAGGUAUGAUAAAUUGCUGUACUGGAAAAUUGCCUCACAUGUGUUUUAAAGUGCCCGAUAAUUAUCACGAAUUAUUGUCAAUGUUGCCUGCCUGUCGAGCUAGUUAUUCACGUUCACGUUCAAAUGAUCGUGUACCAUCAUCAACGAGGCUUUUGCACGCUGUCCCAAUUGAGCAUGAUCCGUACACACCGGACAGCAUGGAUAGUCCAAGCCCAAGUGCAUUUGCUGUACCAACAGACAGUGAUAUUCAAGAAUCAGAUCCAAUUACCUGUGAAUUAUCAAAACGACGACACGAAGCUAUUAAACGUUUCGAUUCAGCUGUAUCACCUGCGUUGCUCAAGUCUCGUCUUGAACUUGUUGUUCAAUGCAAUGAGAUUGCUGAAAGGGAGAGAAGGCGAAAAAAUAUGAGUGAGUGUCGACUGCGCUCUUGGCCAGAGACUGAUGACAGGCAGUUGCAGGGGAUACGAGAGCACAGAUGUAACAGUGAUGUAUCUUGGCAACGAAAUUUACCUCGUAAAUUGUAUCGAUUCAGGAGAUCAUCAUCAGACACCAGUUCAGAUGACAAUCCCAUUUCUCGAGUUAUUAUUCCCAGGAUAGCUAUAAUAAAUGCAAGUAAUUUUCAGUCUAAUGAAUCAUCGGUUCAUUCUCCCGAGGAGGAGCAUCUUGCCAUCAAGUACCAGAGACAUUCAGACAGUAAAGAUGGUACUAGUGUUGAUGGAUCGAGUUUAGAACUUGAUAUCGAUGAAGAGCAGCCAGCAGAGUUGCUGAAAAGGGGAGGAAAAAUUUCGAGAGCACAUGACAGUGGUCUGGACACUCUUGAUGUUGAGGAUGGAUUGUCUAGGGGUGGCUCGACAGGUUUCAGCUCCAAUGAGACCACUUCGACGUUGCCUUUGGACUCGGAGAAGGACGACAGUCAAAAUACUGAUAAAAAAAACGAGAUGGAAAGCUUGGAGAUUGUUAAUCAGCAAUCACCGUCAUUGAUAGACAAUGUCCAAGAGAUUAAAAUUGAUGUUAUUGCGUCGAGCAGUGGCUCCUCGCAUAUUCACAAGGCCUCCAUUGAAGAGAGUAGCUGUGGAAGUAAUACGAUGAGACUCAAGGCUCACAGGACUACCCAAAGAUAUCGUAGUGACAUUCUUGAGAAAAAAAGAAAAUGCUGCAAGUGCUGCUGCAUUAUUAAAUUGUUGGAGUCUAAUUGCGAGUACGAGAGAAAUGGAGAAGCACUGGUGAAUUCGAUUGGAGCAACAAAUGGCAGCAACGGUACAGCAACAAUUACACGUUACAUCCACAUUAAACACGCUGAUUCGUCCGUUAAAAUAUUUCGCGAAACGACCGUCUGAUGUUCAACAAAUAUUCCCCUCGAUAAUUAAAUUAAUAAAUGUAUUAGGAAAUGACUAAAAGUGUUAAAAAAAUUGUCGAAAAAGUAACAAACAAGCAUAAACAUAAUUGUAAUAUUAAAAUGAACGUAAGAAAGUUGAUUAUUAUUAUAUUUGAGAUUUUUAAAUCGAUUUUCCGUUCUCUAGGACAGAGACAGUACUUAUAAGAAAAAAUUGUUUAUGUAAUCGUCAUUGAUGUAAAAAAAAAGGGCCAGAUCUUGUCCGUCGUAUGAACGUAGUAGGUGUUCACAAGAAUUCCUCACAAUUCUUUUCGAUAAAUUAUUGAUAAAAUUUUUUUAACUUGUCAUCAAUUCCGAGGGAAAAUUCAGCUUUAUAUCCAAAGAAUGAUUUUUUUGUUUAAAAUUUAACCAAUUAAUUGUUUAAUAGAAUAUAAAAAUUUUUAUAGAGUUUAUGAUUUGUUAAAAAUGAGGAACAAAUUCAAAUUUCAUUAAAUUUAAAUGAAUAACUGAAAAUAUUUAAGCGAAUGGUUAUUCAAUGUAAUUGAGGACGAAUCUUGAUAACAGAUGAAAUAUAAAAAAGUUUAUUUAUUGAUAACUCUUCCAGUUUGUUAAAGUACUUAUCCCUUGUAUAAUUUAUAUUACAAGGUAGAUAAAGAAGAAA